AUGGUCAACGCGUCCUCGCUCUUGAGACACCUCCUCCUAGAUCCGCUGAACUCACUUCGCGUCGGCAGCAACAGCAGCAUCGCCAGCACCGUCACCAUGUCGUGGCUCAACAUCCCCCCCUCGUCCCACUUCUCCAUGGCCAACAUCCCGUUCGGCAUCAUCUCGACCGGCGAGGACUCGACGCCGCGGCCGGCCAUUGCCAUCGGCGACUAUGCGCUCGACCUCAAGGCCUUUGCCGCCGGCGGAGGCUUCAAGGCGUCGCCCGAGAUUGCCAAGAACGAGGCCGUCUUCUCGUCGACGACGCUCAACGACUUCGCCGCCCUCGGGCGUCCCCUGCACCGCAGCGUGCGCGAGUACCUGCAGGCGACGCUGAGCGCCGACACCAAGCACCCCGAGCUCCUCAAGGACAACGAUGGGCUCCGCAAGCAGGCGCUUCUGCCCCGGGCCGAGGUGCGCAACCACCUGCCGAUGGCCAUCGGCGACUACACCGACUUCUACGCCGGCAAGAACCACGCGUACAACGUCGGGGUCCUCUUCCGCGGACCGGCCAACGCGCUGCAGCCAAACUACCUUCACCUGCCCGUCGCCUACCACGGCCGCGCCAGCAGCGUCGUCGUCUCCGGCACACCCCUGCGGCGACCGUGGGGCCAGGUUCUGAAGGACCCCAAGGCCGAGCCCAAGGUGCCGGCGCUCGCUCCGGCCGACAAGCUCGACCUCGAGCUCGAGAUGGGCAUGUUCGUCUGCCGCGAGAACGGGCUGGGCUCACCGGUGCCGGUGGACGAGGCCGAGCAGCACAUCUUUGGCUACGUCCUCAUGAACGACUGGAGCGCGCGCGACCUGCAGGCGUGGGAGUACGUGCCGCUCGGGCCCUUUACGGCCAAGAACCUCGGGACGAGCAUCAGCGCCUGGGUGGUGCUGGCGGAUGCCAUGAACGACUGCAAAGGCGCCGGCAUCGCCAACGAGACGCCGCUGCUGCCGUACCUGCGGGAGUCGAAGAAGGACAACGUGCUCGACGUCAACCUCGAGGUGGACAUAAUCACGGCGGCGGGUCACAAGACGACCAUCUCGAGGACGAACUCGAGAAACCUCCUCUGGUCCUGGCCGCAGAUGAUCGCCCACCACUCCAUCAGCGGCUGCAACCUGCGCCCCGGCGACCUCUUCGGCUCCGGCACCAUCUCCGGCACGACGCCCGACUCCCACGGCAGCAUCCUCGAGCAGACCGAGGGAGGCAAGGUCGCCAUCAAGCUGGAGGGGGGCGAGGAGCGCAAGUUUCUGCAGGACGGGGACUCGCUCGUCAUCCGCGGCUGGGCCGGCAAGGAGGGCGCCCUUGUCGGCUUCGGCGAGGUCUCGGGCACGAUUCUGCCGGCGCACCCGCUGUUUUAG